UGGAUACAAAACAUCUGGACAGCAAAGGGCUCUGAGGAGUUUAAGCUGAGGCAGCUGUGAGGGAGAGCAAAUCUGCGAGGACCAACAGAUUUCUUCAAUAUGAAUCCUGCUCUGGUGACGUUGGCGUUCUCGCUGCUGACCACGGUCGCAGCUCAGUCUCACGACCACCAUGACAUGGCCUGGGUCAACGGCUACCGUCAGAGUUUCAACUUCCAGUGUCCCCACGGAGAGGUCCUCGUGGCCAUCCGGAGCUACUUCAGUGAGGAGAACGGCUCGGACCGCUUGUGGACGUUUGAGUGCCAGUCCACACCUGAGGGUCUGGGGGAGCCCAGUGACUGCUGGUGGGACGACAUCAACCGUGCUGGGUUGGAGUGGACUUCAACUUGUACUCGUAAUGGCCUGGUGGCAGGGGUACAAAGCAAGUACUUUCAAUCUGUCCUUGACCGGGAGUGGCAGUUCUACUGCUGCUACUACAAACGCCGAUGUCCUUACUCCUGCAUGAAGACCUCCGAUAUUCCUGAACACUACAGAGAAGAGGCGGAGCUGGUGGUCCCUAGUUAUGGCUACUUCAUCCGAGGUGCUCAGACCACCUUCACUGGAGUGCUACGAGAUCGGCAAUGGAAAUACAUCUUGUGCAGAAUGACAGACUUUGACUGUGAAUUUGAGAAUUUGUAGAUUUGCAGCAAUGUUACCCAACCAACAGUUAUCAUAACCCAAAUACAUAUUUACUCCUAUUAAACAAUGACAUAACACUGACAUUAUAUAAAAACGAUAUUGUUCAUGUUUCCAUUUUAUUCAAUAUAUUUACUUUUAAUAAAUAGAUCAACCACAGGCAUGUGACUUAUGCCUGUGUGAUCACUGAUUUUCUGGUCUAGCAUGGUAAAAUAAACCUCAUCACAGAGGGUCUGUCGGGGAUUUUGGGCUCCACCGAUGGCUCAACUGUUUUCAUUUAGUUGCAGGAGGACCUGCAAGUCUGUUGGCAACACGUGAAAGUGGUUAUACAAAACAACUCAAUUAUUGGAUGCUGUGCUCAUGAUGAUGGAAAAUAACUAAGUCAGGCUCCGCUCCAAGACCUUGGAGUUGGGGUCAUGUUAAAGUAAAAUGGUUUAACACUAUUUUCAUGCUCAUAAAAGUAAUAAAAGUAUUCGGAGAGCUGCCUGGUGUGACUGACUGGUGAUAUUGUCUUGUAAAUCAGAACAAAACUCAUGUAUUUGUUGGGAGUGAUUCGAGGAUCCCUCAGACAACAUGAGCUCAGCAUGUAAUGAAAUGUCCCACCUGUUUUCACAUUGCUCCUGUAUUAAAGUGUCUUGUUUGGCAGCUGCAGUACAGCUGCAAACUGUACUGAAAAUCA